AUGUGCUUGCAUUCAGCCCACGUGUCAAGCACGACUUACUCGCUGCGCAAACCAUCGCCCGACAGACGGAAUCGUAGUCGUCAUGCCAUUGACUGCCAGUUGCCUUUGCUUCAACGUCGUCGGCCCAUCGGUCGAGACUCGAUAGCUCUGACGUCGAGUCAGGUGGUUGAUCAUGGAUGUGUGGUCGACGGACGUCCGACGCUGAUGGCCGCAGGGUCGAAAUUCCAGAAGAUGAUCAUGAAGAACCGCUUACGGGCGCCACCAACAGAAUGUCCUCGCGCAAAGCGCAGGAUAAUCUUGAAAGCGCGGGACUCUCAAAGCUCGACGUCCCCGUUGGUCUCAAGAACCAAGAACCGCUAUGGACUCGGAAACAACAAAUUCAAUAACGCAGACUCACUACGGGUCUCACUCUGA